AAAAACCCUAGAAACACACUUGUAUAAAAUAAAGUCACAAGCGCAGCUUCUUCAUCCCCAUCGACCUUUGUAAGCUUCUCUCGUUAUACAAGCAGUCUUUAAACCCUAAUUCAAAGAUGAGACCUCCUCUAACUGGUGGACGCGGUGGCGGUGGGUUCAGUGGCGGACGUGGUGGCGGCGGCGGGUACAGUGGGGGACGUGGUGGAGGGGGUAGAGGAGGAGGAGGAAGAGGUUUUGGCGACCGUGGCGGUAGAGGUAUGAGAGGAGGUAGAGGAGAUCGUGGUCGUCGCGGCAGAGGAACACCCGGAGGACGUGGCGGAAUGAAGGGAGGUAGCAAGGUGAUUGUUGAGCCACACAGACACGCUGGAGUGUUUAUUGCAAAGGGUAAAGAGGACGCUCUUGUCACUAAGAACUUGGUUCCUGGUGAAGCUGUUUACAACGAGAAGAGAAUCUCUGUUCAGAAUGAAGAUGGAACCAAGACUGAAUACAGGGUGUGGAAUCCUUUCCGUUCUAAGUUGGCUGCUGCUAUUCUCGGUGGUGUUGAUCACAUUCACAUCAAACCUGGUGCUAAAGUUCUAUACCUUGGUGCUGCUUCUGGAACAACAGUCUCUCAUGUCUCUGACAUUGUUGGACCUGAGGGAUGUGUUUACGCUGUUGAGUUCUCUCACCGAAGUGGUAGAGAUUUGGUGAACAUGGCGAAGAAGAGAACUAAUGUUAUUCCGAUCAUCGAGGAUGCUAGACACCCUGCUAAAUACAGAAUGCUUGUUGGCAUGGUUGAUGUUGUCUUCUCUGAUGUUGCUCAGCCUGAUCAGGCUAGGAUCGUGGCUUUGAACUCAAGCUUCUUCCUCAAAACAGGAGGUCACUUUGUUAUCUCCAUCAAGGCGAACUGUAUUGACUCGACGGUUCCAGCAGAGGCAGUGUUCCAGAGUGAAGUUAAGAAGCUGCAACAGGAGCAGUUCAAGCCAGCGGAGCAAGUGACGCUUGAGCCAUUUGAGCGUGACCAUGCCUGUGUCGUCGGUACCUACCGUGCGCCUAAGAAGAACAAGGUUCCUGCUUAGAAGUUUCAUGUGUUGGGAUUUGGUUCUUUGGAUUUUUCGUUAGGGUUUUAUCUAGUAUUGUGGUUUGUAAUCGUUUUGAACCUGAAUAGGCUUUUUUCUAUGUUUUUACUUUAAGACUUAAAACACAGUAUCUAUAUAACCUAUAUUUUUCUCAUUUGAGAAAGUUUAUAGUA